CAUGUCGCGUCCGCCUAUCUACCCUUUCAUCCUCCUUUUUUGCUUCUUCCUCCUUCCCUCUGGAAUCCAAUCCAAUGACCUUCAAAUUCUCAUGAAACUAAAAUCCGCCCUUCAAACAUCAAACACCAAUGUCUUCAGUUCUUGGGAAUCCAGAAAUUCCAUAUGCAACUUCACUGGAAUCUCCUGCAACUCCGACGAUUCCAUUACAGAAAUCGAACUUUCAUACCAAAAUUUAACCGGGGUUCUUCCUCUUGAUUCCAUAUGCCAGCUCCAAUCACUAGAAAAGCUCUCAUUCGGGUUCAACUACUUACACGGUCCAAUUAUGGACGACUUGAAAAAUUGUGUCAAAUUGCAAUACUUGGAUUUGAGCAACAAUUUGUUCACAGGAUGGUCGGUUCCAGAAAUAUCCUCUCUAAGCCAAUUACGGUAUCUACAUCUGAAAUUAUGCGGAUUUUCCGGGGCUUUCCCGUGGAAAUCAGUCCAAAACAUGACCGGUCUUGUUUCACUGAGCCUCGGAGACAAUCCUUUUAAUCCUUCUCCAUUUUCAAACGAGGUGUUGCUGCUUACUAACUUGACUUGGCUUUACCUAUCAAACUGCAGCAUCCAAGGUACAAUUCCUGCAGAGAUUGGAAACCUUAAAGAGCUAACCAACUUGGAUCUUGCCUACAAUAACAUGACGGGGAAAAUCCCAGUUGAGAUUGGGAACCUAGUCAACCUAUGGCAGCUUGAGCUCUACAACAAUUCAUUCACAGGAAAACUUCCUAUCGGUCUAAGAAACCUCACAAAGCUUGAAAUGUUUGAUUUUUCGAAUAACUAUCUUGAAGGCGAUCUAUCCGAGUUGAGGUUCUUGACUAACCUGGUUUCUCUGCAACUAUAUCAAAACGAGCUAUCUGGCCAGGUACCAGCCGAGUUCGGCAACUUCACAAAGCUUGUGAACCUUUCCAUGUAUAGAAACAGCUUCACUGGUCCGCUGCCUCAUAACCUUCUCUCCUGGGCUAAAACUGGUUUCAUCGACGUCUCUGAGAAUUUCUUUACCGGUCCAGUUCCACCAGAUAUGUGCAAGCAAGGUACUUUGUGGUUGCUUGCAAUGUUGCAAAACAAUCUUACCGGUGAAAUUCCAGCAAGCUAUGCCAAUUGUUCCACUUUACGUUUUUUUGUAGUUAAUCAGAACUUGCUCUCAGGUAACAUUCCUAUUGGAAUCUGGGGAUUACCGAACGUAGUCCACAUUGAUAUCUCAUUCAAUGAUAUCGAUGGCCCAAUUACAUCCGAUAUCAAAAACGCCAAGUCUCUUGUAUACUUAGUUGCAGGACACAAUCGCUUAUCUGGGGAAUUACCCACAGCGAUUUCGGAAGUCACAUCUCUAAAGUCAAUUCAACUGAAUGACAAUAGACUGACUGGGGAGAUCCCAUAUAUGAUUUGCAAUGUAAGUUUUCUUGAAAUUUUGGAUAUCGCUAAUAACAUUUUGAAAGGCAAGAUUCCACAAUGUUUAGGUAACUUUAGUUAUUAUCUUAGGGUGAUGAAUUUGGGAAUGAAUAAUUUCGAGGGCACCAUACCUGAUACAUUUGCAAAGGGUAAUCAGUUGAGAACUAUUGUCUUCAAUGACAAUAAUUUAAGAGGGCUAUUACCAAAAUCUUUUAUCUACUGUUCAAAUCUGGAAGUUCUUGACCUCGGAAACAACAUGAUUAAUGAUUUAUUUCCUUAUUGGUUUGAAGCUCUUACCAAUCUGCAGGUUCUUGUCUUGAAAUCCAACAAAUUCCAUGGACCCAUAGGAAAUCAUAACACUAGGGGGGUGUUUUUCUUUAAGCUAAGAAUUCUUGACUUGUCUCACAAUGAAUUUACAGGUCUUUUACCAAGAAAUUAUUUUGAAAAUUUCAAUGCCAUGAUGAUUAAUGAUGAAGGCAGACAUGAACCGCAUUAUAUGGGUGAAAGUAGUCAAUAUCAAGAUACGAUGGUGGUGGUGGUGACAUAUCAAGAUUCGGUGGUGGUGACAAUGAAAGGGUUGGAAAUUAAACUACAAAGAAUCCUGACCAUCUUCACAACAAUUGAUUUAUCAAGCAACAAAUUCCAAGGAGUGAUUCCAGAAGUACUUGGAAGGCUUACAAUCCUUCGACUGCUCAACCUUUCCCAUAAUAGCCUAACUGGCCAUAUCCCAUCAUCGUUGGCAAAAUUGUCAGCACUUGAAUCCUUAGACCUUUCUUCAAAUAGCCUCACUGGAGAAAUUCCUUUGCAACUAACAGAUCUAACAUUUUUGGCCAUGUUAAAUCUUUCACAAAACCAGCUUAUUGGACCCAUACCUCGAGGCAAACAAUUUGCUACAUUUGAAAACAACUCCUAUGAUAGAAACCUAGGAUUGUGUGGAUUUCCAUUGUCAAGUAAAUGUGGCACUAAUGAGCUGACACAACCAGCACCACCAUCAGCAUUCCAAGAAGACAAUGAUUCAUUGUUUGCAAGUGGAUUUGGUUGGAAGGCUGUGUUAAUCGGCUAUGGAUGUGGCUUGUUGUUUGGAUUAGCUAUGGGAUAUGUUGUGUUUAAAAUAAGAAAACCUAAAUGGCUAGUAAGGUUCAUUGAAGGAAAACAAAAGGACAAGAAGAGAAGGCCUAAUAAUCAAAGACCUGGACAAAGAAGAAAUUAAUGCAUUAAAGGGGUGCUCUGUUUUACUAGCCUUUCUUUUGAUGGUAUUUUGUGUAUUUCUUUGUUUAUUUUGAGAUUGAAUGGCAUGUUUGGCUUAA